UGCGCUAACGUGCAUAUAUUGCGCGCGCCGGAAACAACUGUUUGCUGCAGAGAAGAAGCGGAGUGGAUACUGAAAACUGAUACUGUGUCGCGGAGCUGCUGGAAGCCCGGCGACUGAUUCCUUUUGGUGUGUCUGGGAGCCAAAUAUCAACAAUGGAGAAUAGGAAUCACUCUCAGAAAAUCUGGUCAGCUUGAUUGCAGUUUGAAAGCAGCUGUUCAUAAAGAGCUUCAGUUCAUCAAUAUAUUUUUUCACGGAGGAGAGUUUUUGGCACAAGGAAGUAUUUUCCAAGUGACCCAACUCUACUUCUUUCUGCAGCCACAUCUUGUCAUCACAAUUUGUUCUGCUGCAAUGGGUGAACCUCAGCAAGUGAGUGCCCUCCCUCCACCUCCAAUGCAAUAUAUUAAAGAAUAUACUGAUGAAAAUAUUCGGAAAGGUUUGGCUCCUAAGCCUCCACCGCCUAUUAAAGAUAGUUAUAUGAUGUUUGGAAAUCAGUUCCAGUGUGAUGAUCUAAUUAUUCGACCAUUAGAAAGCCAGGGUAUUGAACGAUUGCAUCCCAUGCAGUUUGAUCAUAAAAAGGAAUUAAGGAAACUCAACAUGUCUAUCCUGGUCAACUUCUUAGAUCUCUUGGAUAUAUUAAUAAGAAGCCCAGGCAGCAUAAAAAGAGAAGAGAAACUGGAAGAUUUAAAACUGCUAUUUGUUCAUGUGCAUCACCUUAUAAAUGAAUAUCGACCUCAUCAAGCAAGAGAGACUUUGAGAGUCAUGAUGGAAGUGCAGAAACGUCAGCGUCUAGAAACUGCAGAGAGAUUUCAGAAACAUCUAGAACGAGUUGUAGAAAUGAUUCAGAAUUGCUUGGCUUCUCUGCCAGAAGAUUUACCUCAUUCAGAUGGAGGAAUGAGAAUAAAAGCUGAACGAAUGGACACUGAAGACAGCAUAAACUGUAUUGGAUCAAAUGAACAGCAAAGAACAAUUUCCAGUGUAAAAAAAGAUCAGGUUUUGGAUAAAGAUGCUAACAUGUGUAGCAUUAUUGAUGAAAUGACAUGAAAAAGCUUUAGGAUUUGUGAUUUUCAGGGAACAUGCAACAGAAUAUGAUGUUUCUUUUCCUUUUGCUAUGUUGAUUUAAACAGUAAUGGAACACAACAUAUAAAUCGGUAAAUAUUGAUAAUUUAUUUGUUUAGCUUUUGCAUGUAUAUCUAUGCUUGACUUUAAAGAACAUCAAUCUUACUGGUAGCUUUACCUGCUAGGCUAACUAUGCAAUUCAUCAGUAUCCAAAUUUUGCUGAUAGUCAUUUAUUGAAACAGGAGGUACUUUAAGGAAUUUAAAUACAUGUGAUUAAAUUUAGCUUAAACUAAAAGACAUGUUAUACUACAGCAGCACUGUUAUGUAUACAAAGUGGAAGAAAAAACAGUAAAUAUUUUUUUCUUGUUAUGAAUAUUUGUGAAUUAAAGCAACUGCUUUCUGAAGAUAAGUAAACUUUAACAUUUAUUAAAAAGAAUGAAAUUCUAAA